CCACUAUGGGCGCGGCCAUGUUUGUUCCUGGCGGGCUCAGACGGUUGUUUAUUUCCGGGUUUGUAGGUCACCGAAAACGGCAGUUGGCGGAAGUUUAGAGGAAACCGGAGCCGUUUGCGAGGGGAUGAAGCCCCCGGUGAGAUUGCGAGCCGCCCCGCGCCGGUAUGGGGUGGAGUCGGAGACAGAGUGCGUGGAUGUCGAUGGCGAGGUUGUGGAGUGGAACCCUCAAGAGAAGCGACUUCUGCUGAGGGCGCUGAAGAAGCAGAGUGCAAGCAGGGAGCCAGAUCUGAGCAGCAUUGAGAGCGAGGUGCCUGGGAAGACCCGUGAACAGAUUGCCGCUUACCUUGAGGAUUUGAAAGUGAGCUCCAUCCGGAGUAUGUCUCAGCGGAACUAUCUGGAGCGCCUCCGGGAGAAACACCUGCGUCAGCGACAACUCCGUGCCCCGCUGCAGAUCUGGACGGAGCUCGCUGAGGAAAUGACGGGGGAAUUGGGCAAAGUGAUUUCAGCAGCAUUCUCACAGACCCUGAUGAUUGCAGCCACUGAACCCAGGUGCAGGGCAUCCCAGGUGGCGCCAACUGAUCCGACAUUGCAAACUUCGGGAGAUGGAACAUUACCUGGAGAUUCCCAACCCGACUCGGUGUCCAGCGCACCACCUUCUGUGAUCCCCGUGACCGAAGGCAGUGCCUCAUCAGCAGGGGAGAGCCAGGCCCCGGACGCACCUGUAGACUUCACGAAAAUCUACAAGUAUUUGUCGGCGACUGCGAGGGGCUCAACGUUGCCACAGCUCUCACCCUUCGAAUCUGCAAUUAUCCUCGACCUGCUGAUGUCUCUCCCAGACCAGAUACAAGUUCUGAACUGCCAGGAACUGUGGAGCCACAUGAACGCCACCUACAGCCAGCUGACCCAGACUGCUUCAAGCUGGCAUGAUCAGGAACCCUCGCAACCUGCUCGCCCAGUUCGGACAGGCCCCCCAUCUGCGCAGGCCAGUGUCAUUCUGACAGGGCAGGUCCAGGCCUCAGGACAAAAUGUCCUGCCUGCACAUCUUGCUCAACCCCUCCCUGCAACCCAGACCCACCAACUGCAGAGUCCCCACACAGUUCAGCCCAGCCAGUCAAAGUCUACGGUCAGCAAUGCUGCUGUGCCAGCUCUGGAAUCUGAUUGGCCCAGGCCGUGCCCUUUGAACCCCUUCCGCCUCCCUGUAAAGCUAUUGGUCAGAGGUGAGGCACCUACUGCCUCUCAGGGUCCCACUGCUGAUCUGGGAACAUCAGCACCAGGCUUGUUUUCUACAGCGGCCCAGCCCAGCACUAACCCCCGACCUCCUGCCAGUAACCCAACACUGACCCCUGUCCAGCCCAGCCCUGACCCCCGACCUUCUGCCAGUAACCCAACACUGACCCCUGUCCAGCCCAGCCCUGACCCCGGACCUCCUGCCAGUUACCCAACACUGACCCCUGUCCAGCCCAGCACUGACCCCCGACCUUUUUCCAGUGACGCAACACUGACCCCUGUCCAGCCCAGCCCUGACCCCGGACCUCCUGCCAGUUACCCAACACUGACCCCUGUCCAGCCCAGCACUGACCCCCGACCUUUUGCCACUGACACAACACUGACCCCUGUCCAGCCCAGUGCUAACCCCCGACCUCCUACUAGUGACUUAACACUGACCCCUGUCCAACUCAACAUUGACCCCCCAACCCAGCAGUGACCCCCGACCUUUUUGCCAGUGACUCAACGCUGAACCCCGACCUCCUGCCAGUUACCCAACACUGACUCCUGUCCAACCCACCGCUCACCCUCAACUUCCUCCUAAGGGCCCAGAGCCCUGCACUGACUUCAUCCUGAGGAUGCAGCAGUGACCUGUGUCUAGCUCAGUGCUGACCCUUUGACUACCUACCAGGCUCGUUGUCUACAGCAGCCCAGCCCAGCGCUAACCCCCGACCUCCUGCCAGUUACCCAACACUGAACCAGCCGAGCCCUGAGUCCUGACUUCCAGAGGGCCCAAUACUGACCUUGGUACACCACUGACCCUGAUCACUACUACAUUCUCCUGAGAGUCAAUCGCUGACCUUUUACCUCUCCCAGAGAGCCCAACGCUGACCUCCUGGAGCCCAGCCCUGACCCAUUGAACUCUUACGAGGCCGGGGCUGACCCACUGAUCUGCUGACCUCCUCUCAGGAUAGCAGAGGAUUAACUCCUAAGCCCUUGCGUAGGGCCCUGAGAGAGUUUUAAUUUUGAUUUGGCAGGUCUUGAGGAAGUGGUUUCUUUACCUUUGGAGCUUGUACUGAAGCUGUAAGAUGUCCAGAUGGCUUCGGUGUUCGAUUUUAAAAUUUGUUAUGAAUUCUUUUAGUUUUUGGUCUGUCCUGUUGUUUGCAAAAAUGAUCAGUGUUAUAGCAGAAAUAAAGGAGUUUACAGCAAUUAAAA